GGCAGCCAUCUUGCUACAAACACAAACAGAGAGGAGCGGCCGCCGCGGGAGCGCCAGCGCCCCCUCCCCCGCCGCCGCCGCUGCCGCCGCCGCCGUCGCCGCCGCCCCCUGGCCCGCCGCGCGCGCCGCCAACGCCCCGGGACCGGAGCCUCGCGCCUCCCGCCUCCCGCCCGCCGCGUUGCCCUGCUGCUCACACCGGGAGCCACUCCUCCUCAGUUUGCUUCUGACAACCAGGACCGAAAGCCGCAGGCCCGGAGCGGAAGCGUCCAGGAGCGUCCAAGCCUUUGCCCCUCCCUGGAAGGGAGGGAGGAGUCGUGGAGUCUUGGACUUGAUGGAAACUGUGGAGGCACUCGGGUCCAGCCUCCCCUCCAGCCAGUGAGGGAAGCCCCCGUGCAGCUCCCCGAGACCUUGCCCAGCUGUCCUCGCUCGGAACCGCCAGGGAUGAGCCGCCUCCUGAGAGCCUCCUCUGCUGUUCCUUAGAGGAAUAGAUCACUGCCACUGCCCCUACUUCUGUCAGCCUCCUUUCUGCUUUAUGGAUCUUUCUCGGAUGUGAAGCUUCCUCCUCGGGCGCCACUGCAGUCAGAUCAUCGUCCUGUAGCUUGGGGACCUUGGUUCAUUCCAGCAUAGGCCCCUGCCUGAAGAGAGCCCAGUCCCGGCCCUACUUGCUUCCUGGGGGCAAGGCUGCCAACUGCCCUGUUUCCUCCUCUCCGCCAGGUCUUCCCUCAUCGUGACAGUUGGCCUCACUCAUGCUGGGUGGCACGUGGCUGGCUUAGGUGUUUGGAGAGUGAACGCCAGGUCCCCCCCUCUUCCCUUCAGCCCCUCUGACCUCGAGGACACGCCCAGCCCCAUCAUGGCAGCGGAGACCCUCAAUUUUGGGCCUGAGUGGCUGAGGGCCCUUUCCAGUGGUGGCAGCGUGGCCUCCCCACCCCCAUCCCCUGCCAUGCCCAAAUACAAGCUGGCUGACUAUCGCUACGGGCGAGAAGAAAUGCUGGCUCUCUACGUCAAGGAGAACAAGGUGCCGGCUGAGCUGCAGGACAAGGAGUUUGCUGUGCUCCUGCAGGAGGAGCCCCUGCAGCCCCUGGCGCUGGAGCCUCUGACUGAGGAGGAGCAGAGAAACUUCUCCCUGUCAGUGAACAGUGUGGCUGUGCUGAGGCUGAUGGGGAAAGGGGCUGGCCCCCCCCUAGGUGGCACCUCCCGUGGCAGGGGCAGCACUCGGAGCCGAGGCCGAGGCCGUGGUGACAGUUGCUUUUACCAAAGAAGCAUUGAAGAAGGCGAUGGGGCCUUUGGCCGAAACCCCCGGGAGAUCCAGCGUAGCCAGAGUUGGGAUGACAGAGGCGAGAGAAGGUUUGAGAAGUCGGCCAGGAGGGAUGGAGCACGAUCCGGGUUUGAGGAGGGAGGGGCUGGCCCGAGGAAGGAACAUGCCCGCUCAGAUAGCGAGAACUGGCGUUCUCUUCGAGAGGAGCAAGAGGAAGAGGAGGAGGGCAGCUGGAGACUUGGGGCAGGACCCCGGCGAGAUGGCGACCGCUGGCGCUCAGCCAGCCCUGAUGGCGGCCCCCGCUCUGCUGGCUGGCGGGAACAUGGGGACCGGCGUCGCAAGUUUGAAUUUGAUUUGCGAGGGGAUCGAGGAGGGUGUGGUGAAGAGGAAGGGCGGGGUGGGGGAGGCAGCUCUCACCUCCGGAGGUGCCGAGGGCCUGACGGCUUUGAGGAAGACAAGGAUGGGCUCCCGGAGUGGUGCCUGGAUGACGAGGAUGAAGAGAUGGGCACCUUCGAUGCCUCUGGGGCCUUCCUGCCUCUCAAGAAGGGCCCCAAGGAGCCCAUUCCUGAGGAGCAGGAGCUCGACUUCCAGGGCCUGGAGGAAGAGGAGGAAGAGCCUCCUGAAGGGCUAGUAGACGAGGGGGGGCCUGAGGCAGGAGGGAAGGAACUGACUCCACUGCCUCCUCAGGAGGAGAAGUCCAGUUCCCCAUCCCCACUGCCCACCUUGGGCCCCCUCUGGGGAGCUAAUGGGGAAGGUGACGACGCUGCAGACAAGGACCUGCCGGCAGCUGAAGACGAUCUGAGGGGAAUGCCGCUGAGUCCUGGAGUAGGCUCAUCCUCUGGCCCGCCUGGAGAUCUGGAGGAUGAUGAAGGCCUGAAGCACCUGCAGCAGGAGGCAGAGAAGCUGGUGGCCUCCCUGCAGGACAGCUCCCUGGAGGAGGAGCAGUUCACGGCCGCCAUGCAGGCCCAGGGCCUGCGCCACUCAGCAGCUGCCACUGCCCUCCCCCUGAGCCACGGUGCGGCCCGGAAAUGGUUCUACAAGGAUCCCCAGGGGGAGAUCCAAGGCCCAUUCACGACACAGGAGAUGGCAGAGUGGUUCCAGGCGGGCUAUUUCUCCAUGGCGCUGCUUGUGAAGCGGGGCUGUGAUGAGGGCUUCCAGCCACUGGGUGAGGUGAUCAAGAUGUGGGGUCGUGUGCCCUUUGCCCCGGGACCCUCGCCACCCCCACUGCUGGUGAGCCCGGCCGCCUUGGCGAGCGGGGAGGGGAGGCUGGAGCCGUGCUGGGGGCGCAGGGCUGAAGGGCAGAGCCACAGGCGCGCCGUGGGCCUCGCGCAGGGCAACAUGGACCAGGAGCGGCUGAAGAAGCAGCAGGAGCUUGCCGCGGCCGCCCUGUACCAGCAGCUGCAGCACCAGCAGUUUCUGCAGCUGGUCGGCAGGUACGGGGCGCCUGGAAGGCCUUGGCGGCCAGGCGGGCUGCGGGCUGGGGGCCCCCGCCCCGCUGACGCCCGUGUCUGGGCCCACAGCCGGCAGCUCCCGCAGUGCGCGCUCCGGGAAAAGGCGGCUCUGGGGGACCUGAGCCCGCCGCCGCAGCAGCUCACCGCCUUCCUGCAGCAGCUCCAAGCUCUCAAACCGCCCAGAGGCGGGGACCAGAACCUGCUCCCGACCAUGAACCGGUCCUUGUCAGUGCCAGAUUCGGGCUCCCUCUGGGACAUACAUACCUCAGCCUCAUCACAGUCAGGCGGUGAGGCCAGUCUUUGGGACAUACCAAUUAACUCUUCGACUCAGGGUCCAAUUCUAGAACAACUCCAGCUGCAGCACAAAUUCCAAGAGCGCAGAGAAGCCGAGCUCAGGGCGAAGCGGGAGGAGGAGGAGCGCAAGCGGCGGGAGGAGAAGCGGCGGCAGCAGCAGCAGGAGGAGCAGAAGCGGCGGCAGGAGGAGGAGGAGCUGUUUCGGCGCAAGCAGGUGUGUGCCCGGCUGCUCCCGGCCUCGCCCGCCAGGGGCCCCCGGGCCCAGGCCGCUGGCCCUCACCGCGCUGCCCCGGCCCAGGUGCGGCAGCAGGAGCUCCUGCUGAAGCUGCUGCAGCAGCAGCAGGCGGUGGCCGCUGUCCCGGCGCCCCCUGCGCCCGCGGCGCCCAGCUCCCCGCCCCCGCUGUGGGCCGGCCUGGCCAAGCAGGGGCUCUCCAUGAAGACGCUGCUCGAGCUGCAGCUGGAGGGCGAGCGGCAGCUGCACAAGCAGGCCCCGUCCCGGGAGCCGUCGCGGGCCCAGGCCCCCAACCACCGCGUGCUUGGGGGCCUGGGCUCGGCCCCCCUGAACCAGUGGGUAUCUGAGGCCGGGCCACUGUGGGGCGGGCCCGACAAGAGUGGGGGCGGCAGCGGCGGCCCGGGGCUCUGGGAGGACACCCUCAAGAGCGGCGGGAGCCUGGCCCGCGGCCUGGGCCUGAAGAACAGCCGGAGCAGCCCCUCUCUCAGUGACUCGUAUAGCCACCUGUCCGGUCGGCCUGUGCGCAAAAAGACCGAGGAGGAAGAGAAGCUGCUGAAGCUGCUGCAGGGCAUCCCCAGGCCCCAGGACGGCUUCACCCAGUGGUGUGAGCAGAUGCUGCACACGCUGAGCACCACAGGCAGCCUGGAUGUACCCAUGGCUGUAGCGAUCCUCAAGGAGGUGGAAUCCCCCUACGAUGUCCACGAUUAUAUCCGUUCCUGCUUGGGGGACACGCUGGAAGCCAAAGAAUUUGCCAAACAGUUCCUGGAGCGGAGGGCCAAACAGAAAGCCAGCCAGCAGCGGCAGCAGCAGCAGGAGGCAUGGCUGAGCAGUGGCUCCCUACAGACAGCCUUUCAGACCAACCACAGCACCAAACUCGGCCCUGGGGAGGGCAGCAAGGCCAAGAGGCGGGCGCUCAUGCUGCACUCAGAUCCUAGCAUCUUGGGGUACUCCCUGCACGGACCUUCUGGUGAGAUCGAGAGCGUGGAUGACUACUGACCAGCCCGUCCCACCAGCCCCUGGGCUGUAGGCCAGGGGCGGCAGCAGCGGCUUGGACCCUUGGGUCCCCAGCCUGCAGGCUCCCCACAAGGAGCAUAGGAGGAAGCAGGGGCAGGGUCCCCAGCACUUGUUACAAACCACACGAUGCACCUUAAUUCACCCACCACGAGGCACUUUACAGAUUGGGGGGGAAGGGUUUUUGUUUUGGGGGGUUUUUUUGUUUUUGUUUUGUUUUUGUUUUUUCUUUGAAAAAAAAAAUUUUAAACAACCCUGAAGAAAACGUUAGGAGAGAAAAAAAAAAAAUUUGUUAAAAACUAGACUCUAAGCACCCCUUCCCCCUCUAGGGACAGUGAGGGUGACAGUGGAAGGUCCACAGAGGUUUUUUGGGAUUUUUGGUUUUGUUUUGUUUUGUUUUGUUUUUAAGAAAAAAAAAAAUGGAAAAAAAAAAGGUUAGGAGAUUGAAAGAAAAAACACACUGUUAUUUUGGGGCAGUGGGGACACAGGCCCCACGGACCUGUCCUGCCUGGCCCCCGAGGCUGCACUUACCCUCCCUGCCCCGCAAGGUGGGCCAUUGGGGUAACUGGAAGCUGGGGUGCCAGCAGUUUGCACAGCGAGGCCCCCUCAGCCCCGCCAGCCGGACCCGCUGUGAACGGCUCCCUUUGUUGCUGUGACUGCAGCAGGGGUGUCCGGGGUAGGGGCCAAAGUAGCCCCUUGGCUUUGCUGCUUUGGGGGAAAGUUGCACAAAUGGGCCGGGCCGCCUCAGCUCUCUAGGCUGCUGUCCUGCGCUGGCUGACGAGGUAGAGGGGGAAGGGCCAGCCAGUGCCAGCCUCACCUGGCUGUCAGGGUGGAAGAACUUCCACUCUGGCCCCAGUGAGGGCUUCCCCCACUGCUGCCAUUUGGGGGGGACGGCCUGGGUGUGAAGCUGAAAGCCUCAGCUCCCUGCCUUGCCACAUGAAUGUAUUCUUUGGGCCACAAGCCCCUGCUGCGCCCUCUGCCUCAACCCUGCGCGAGGUGGGAGCGGAGCAGUUCCUCCAGGAGCUGGAGAGAGAGGCACCACUUAAUGACUAUUUUCUCCUGUGAAAGGGGCAAGAGGAGGGCCUAGGAGGCCAAGGGCGUGGGCAGCAUGGGGCUUCAGGAUGCGGUGUGGGGGCUGUUAGAAGGGAGUUCCCUGCCUGCAGCCAGCUGUGUGGAACGUGGACCACCCAGCUCUGCUCUGACCCCUCCAUUGACCAAAUGGGGAGGAGCAAGUGGCCUCUCCCCUUCCUGCUCCCCUGAUGCGUUUUUAAUGUUGGGUAAGGUGCGGGGGUCAAGAAUAGAAGUGUUGUCUCUCCUGGGUCAGGGGUAGGCUGCCCUUCUGUUGCUCACCAACUUCUUAUUCCCAAUCACCUGCCUGGAUUUGUCUCCAUUUGUGGGGUUUUUUUGUUUUUUUUUUUAAAACAGUUUGUUGUAUCUUUUGGGUUUCUCAUUUAACUUCUCCCGUCGACCUCAUUGCUCAGAGCGCAGUAUUAGGGCAGGACUCUGCCACUGCCUCCCCUCCAUGAAUGUAUUUAUCCUUCCUGCCCUGGGGAAAUGGGGAGUCCCCAUCCAUCCCCAGAGAGACCACAUUUUUGUUUUGUUUUGUUUUCGUUUUGUUUUUUUUUGUUUUGCACCAAAGUGGCAACUGGGUCAGUGUUGGGGGAUAAAGCUGGCCUCGGGGGUGGAGGGCUACCCUCCACCUGCUUCUCCCUGGUUUCAACAGUGUUAGCGUCCGUGAAAAGACUUUAUUCUCUCUAAAGCAAUAAGGGGGUGAUGGGCCAGGGGGAAAUGUCUUGCUGCUGCUGGCCCCCCAGCUCCCCCCUUCCUCACGCCAGUAUUUGGCGGCAUUAGAGGUGUCGGGGGAGUACUGUUGUGACUGAAUGUAACCGCCCCCACCCCUGCCGCAGCCAAUGCAGGGGAGGGGGGUGACACUCUUCCCUGUCUCUUCCUUCCCCUUCCCUCCCCCCAGCUAAAGAGACUUUGAACUUAGGGGGCCCUUGAGCCUGGAGAGGCCUUAACCCUGUGAGGAAGUGUAGGGGGAGCCCUCUCCCACCCCCAUCCCCUUCUGAGAGUGGUCAAUGUUUACAAGCCCCUGAGCCCCCCAGCCCAGGGACUCCACCCCCAUUGCCGUCCUUUCCCACCCGUCUUCCUGGGUCCCAGCUGCUCUCCCACCCUCCCUGGGUUGGGGUGGGUGCAGGGGCUGUUCUGUAUCCCCUUGUCUGCCUUGGACCCACAAUCUCUCCCCUACCCCCACCCUGUGUGACUCCCCUUUCUUCUACCUGCCCCUGUAAAUAUUCCCCUUCCCCCAAUAAAACUUGGUGUGUGUUCUCCC